AAAACAAUGAAGUUCAAUUUUGCGUUAGUAAUAUCAGGGCUAACUUUUGCAAGCGCUCUGCAUGUACCAAUCUCCUUCUCUGAAGAGGCCGGUCUUCAGCGUCAAAUUGUAGAUACUUCUCGAGGCUGGCUUAGCCACUACAUCUAUGGCGAAAGUAGCGAGUCAAUUGAUAAAGCUACACCUCUUGAAGUAUCAGAGAAUGCAUGGGACGUCCUCAAAAAUGACCCAAAAAAGUUCAGCAAAUUCACUACUAUUUUGGAGAAGUUCUCCCCAUCUGCUGUAGAUCAUAUCAAGAACGAGAAAGAUUACACUCUUUUUGUUCCAACAAAUGACGCAAUUCCUGAUCACAAAGAAAAAGACAAAGGUUGCGCAUCUCACGAUGAGACAGAUAUUCCAAAUUACCUCGGCAAGCUCUAUGCUGAAGCUCGUAAAAGUCACACUUUUGAUGACGAAGAGCGCAAGAAACAUUUCUCUCGCUUUGUCGAAGCUGUCGUCAUGUAUCACACGGUUGACCAGAAGUUAGACGUCAAGACGUUGCACGACUUUAGUACCGUUGAGACUAUUCUCACUGAACCAAAUACAUUAAAUGGUGCCGGUCAGCGUUUGCGUAUCGAGCAACAAUUCGUCCCUCCAGCAACGGUUAUUAACCAUUUCGCUAAGAUCAGUACACAAGAUAUUAAAUCAUCAAAUGCAGUUAUACAUGCUCUUGACCAUGUCUUGAUUCCGCCGCCUUCUGCUAUCAAUGCUUUGUUCAUUUUCGCAAGAGAAUUUUCAAUUUUCACCUCAGCACUCCAGAAAGUCGGUUUGGCUCCUCUCCUUGAUCUCUCUCUUGAUGGUAAAAGAGGAAACGGUCAUCUUACUAUUAAUGCACCACUCAAUAGUGCAUUUGAGAAGCUCCCACCAAAGGUUUUAGGCUUUUUGUUCUCCCCACUCGGCACAGAACAUCUUAAACGUUUGUUGGAAUAUCACAUCGUACCAGAAAACUCAAUCUUUAUUGAUUUUCAAUCAAAUAAGCAAGCCAAGUCGAAUGAGAAUGAUGAUCUCUUCCAUAAAAAGGUCAAAGCGAAGACUCUACUCAAGGAUGCAGACCCAAUUGAAUACGAGCUUAUUAAAUCUCAAACCGUUCCAUAUGGGCCAUAUUCCUUUGACGUAAAGGUUCAAGGCAAGAGUGUCUCAUGGCACGACGGCAUAGCACGCAACGCUGCCGUCCAAGUACUCGAUGAAUUACUCAUCCCACCAAAAGAAAAGAAUCAAUGGGCCUCGAUCUAUCAACUCUAAAUGACAGUGGUUACGAUCAUCAUGAAGUAAUGAUUUCAAAGUAUUUUCUUGUAUUAAAUUUAUGAAACAAUGCAAAUUACUUUACUCUAUCCAGUACUUUCA